AUGGAUUUCUGCGGUUCAGAACACCUCAAGAAACACCAGCAGAGACCCACAGGGAAGAAAUGUCACUGCUGCUCUGACUGUGGGAAGAGUUGCAAAUCUUCAUCAAAACUUAAAAUACACCAGCGAGUACACACAGCAGAGAAAUCUCAUCAUUGUUUUGACUGUGGGAAGAGUUACUCAAGAUCAGAUUCACUAAAAGUACACCUGAGAACACACACUGGAGAGAAACCUCACUGCUGCGUCGACUGUGGGAAGCGAUUCACCUGUUCAGCAGACUUUAAAAUACAUAGAAGAAUUCACACGGGAGAGAAACCUUUCAGCUGCUCUGACUGUGGGAAGAACUUUACAAAAUCAUAUACAUUACAAUCACACCAGAGAAUUCACACUGGAGAGAAAUCUUAUGGGUGUGAUCAAUGUGGGAAGAGUUUUACUCAGCCAAGCAGCCUGAAAUUACACCAGAGAAUACACACAGGAGAGAAACCUUAUAGCUGUACUCAAUGUGGGAAGAGUUUUACUCAUUCAAGCAGCCUGACUAUACACCAGAGAACACACACAGGAGAGAAACCUUAUAGCUGUGAUCAAUGUGGGAAGAGUUUUACUCAGUCAAGCAGCCUGACUAUACACCAGAGAACGCACACAGGAGAGAAACCUUACCACUGCUCUGACUGUGGAAAGAGUUUUGGUAGUUCAAAACAUUUAAAAUCACACCGGAAAACACACACAGGCGAGAAAUCUUAUAGCUGUAAUCAAUGUGACAAGAGUUUUACUCAGUCAAGCAACCUGAUAGUACAUCAGAGAACACACACAGGAGAGAAACCUUAUAGCUGUAAUCAAUGUGACAAGAGUUUUACUCAGUCAAGCAACCUGAUAGUACAUCAGAGAACACACACAGGAGUGAAACCUUAUAGCUGUAAUCAAUGUGACAAGAGUUUUACUAAUUCAAGGUGCCUGAUAGAACAUCAGAGAACACACACAGGAGUGAAACCUUAUAGCUGUGAUCAAUGUGGGAAGAGUUUUACUCAUUCAAGCAGCCUGACUAUACACCAGAGAACACACACAGGAGUGAAACCUUAUAGCUGUGAUCAAUGUGACAAGAGUUUUACUCAUUCAAGCAGCCUGACUAUACACCAGAGAACACACACAGGAGUGAAACCUUAUAGCUGUGAUCAAUGUGACAAGAGUUUUACUCAUUCAAGCAGUCUGACUAUACACCAGAGAACACACACAGGAGAGAAACCUUACCACUGCUCUGACUGUGGAAAUAGUUUUGGUAGUUCAAUACAUUUAAAAUCACACCGGAAAACACACACAGGCGAGAAACCUUAUAGCUGUGAACAAUGUGACAAGAGAUAUACUGAUAAAAGAUAUCUGAUCAAACAUCAGAAAAUACAUACAUGAAGGAGUUGUUUCAUGAUAUCAAUGAAAUAAUGUCACAAUGUAGAAUGUUUUAA